UCAUCAUAAUUCUUUUGAUUUUUGAUGCUCUAUAUCUUGGACUUUUUUUUGUUCAUCUUUUUGGAUGACAAUGAGUGAAGCUUGAGACAACUGGUGGAGAGAAUAUGUAACAGCAAAGCUCUAUAGGCCACUCUAUAAAAAUGGCUUCCAUUGUGUAGAUCAUUAAUUAAAACUCAAAAGUCUUAGCUAAAUAUCUUGUUUCAUCGGAGUGACUAUGGAUGGUGGUGGUGAAGAAGUUUUCACUGACGGAGAAGGUCAAAUGUUGCCGUAUUCCGCUCGUAAACGUGGUGGUUGGGCUACUUUCCCCUUCAUUGCUGGGGCACUAAUAGGAUCAAGCAUAGCAGCAUCAGGAUGGGCAAACAACUUGAUUGUGUACAUGAUUGAAAAAUUCCAUGUGAGAAGCAUUGAUGCAACCCAAACAUUCAACAUUGUAGCUGCUUCUACUAGUUUACUUCCUAUGGUUGCUGCAAUCCUUGCCGAUUCUUUCCUCGGUUGCUUUUCCAUUGUUUGGAUCUCGUCUCUUAUCUCGAUCCUGGGUAUUAUCCUCAUAGCUUUAACGGCUAUGCUUGAUCCCUUAUUGCCUCAACCAUGUCAACACGGAUCAACAUCGUGCCCGACACCAUCAAAAGUUCAAUUCUGUAUACUUUACUCAGGCAUAGCAUUAGCUGCGGUAGGUGUGGCGGGCACACGUUUCACCAUCGCAGCUAUCGGAGCCAACCAAUUCGACAAUUCGAAGGAUCAAAGGGUGUUCUUCAAUUGGUUCGCCAUCAGUUUGUACACAUCAAUGGUGUUAGGUGCCACGGUGAUUGUGUACAUUGAGGAAAAUGUGAGUUGGGUGUUCGGGUAUUGGUUGUGUGUUGCGGUGAAUGUCAUCGGGUUAGUCGUUUUUUUAUCAGGGAAACGUUAUUAUCGACACAUAAAGCCUCAGGGAAGCCCAUUUUUGAGCCUUGCACAUGUUGUUGUUGCCACAAUUGUUAAGAGAAAAGUGCCUCUUUCAUCUAGAGCUGAAGAUUAUUACCAUAAAGAAGAUGGUCCUAAGGAGAAACCGGUUUCAUUGCCUUCCAAAAGCUUCAGGUUUCCAAACCAUGCAGCUGCGAUGGAAACCGAGGAGGACAGCAAGGUAAAUUCAUGGAGACUAUGCUCCGUACAACAAGUUGAGGAUUUUAAAAACCUGUUGCGAAUUUUCCCAUUACUGUCGAGUGGCGUUUUAAUGUGCACGACACUGCCGGUUAUAAGCACCUUAACAAUCCUCCAAACUCUAACGGUCGAUUGCCAUCUCGGACCAGAUAUGAAAGUCCCAGCAGGGUCAAUGAUAGUGUUCAUAUUAACCUCAACAGCUAUCAACCUCACAUUGAUUGAUCGGUUCCUUUUUCCGCUAUGGAAGAAGAUAACCUUAAGAUCACCGAUGCCCCUUCACCGGAUUGGACUCGGUCACUUAUUUAACAUGACAGGUAUGGCUGUUGCUUCCUUGGUGGAAUCAAGAAGGCUAAAACUGGCUCAAACCCAUAGUGUUUUGGACCAUCCAGGGUCCGUUGUCCCUAUGUUUGUCCUAUGGUUAGUGCCCCAACUAGUCUUAGUUGGACUCGGUGAAGCAUAACCUCAUUAUCCGGGACAAGUCACGUUGUAUUACCAAGAAUUUCCGCAGCCGUUGAGAAGCACCGCGGCAGCAAUGAUUUCAGUUGUCGUUGGAUUCGCCUACUAUCUAAGCACCACCGUGAUUGAUUUGGUUCGAAGGGUUACGAAGUGGUUGCCAGACGAUAUAAACAACGGGAGACUCGGGAAUGUGUAUUUGAUGUUUGCAAUGAUGCAGAUGUUGAACUUCUUUUAUUUCCUGUUUUGUGCAAAGUGUUACAAGUAUCAUAGUGUGGAGGGAGGAAAUAAAAACAGUGAUGAUGAGAGUUCUAAAAGCUGAUGUUUAAACCCUGAACUUGGUUUUCGGUGGAAUUCAAGAAGCAUUUCGAAUUUUCUAGGGAAACAAACAGUGAAAGGAGGGGAAUGAUGAUUUGUGGAA